CGUGCGUCACAUGACUUUCCGAACCCUUCUUUUCAUACCGACGGGAGGAUCUACUGUACAUAGAGUGAAGAUGGCCUGGUUGUUGCUGUCCGUGGCCUUCUUCCUCCAAGGGGUCAUCCAGUGUAGGAGGAUCGCUAGGGCGGACAGACUGGAUCCAGAGGUCAACAUGAACAUUAGUGAGAUCAUUUCAUUCUGGGGCUACCCUUCCGAGGAGCACGAGGUGGUCACCGAGGACGGCUUCAUCUUAAGCGUCAACAGGAUCCCUCAUGGCGCGAAGAGCACGCCAACAGGAGAACCCAGACCCGUGGUGCUCCUGCAGCACGGUCUUCUGGCAGCCGGGAGCAACUGGGUGACGAACCCGCCGAACAGCAGCCUGGGCUUCGUCCUGGCCGACGCCGGCUACGACGUGUGGCUCGGGAACAGCCGCGGGAACACGUGGUCCAGGAAACACGUCUCUCUCAGUCCGGACCAGAACGCCUUCUGGGAGUUCAGCUUCGAUGAAAUGGCAAAGAAGGACCUUCCAGCUGUAGUGAACUACAUCACAAAGACCACAGCUCAGGAGCAGAUCUUCUACGUGGGACAUUCUCAGGGCACCACCAUUGCCUUCAUAGCAUUUUCCACCAUGCCUGAACUAGCAAGCAAAAUCAAGAUGUUCUUUGCUCUGGCGCCGGUCGCCACAGUGAGAUACACCAAGAGUCCCAUGGUGAAGCUCUCCUUUCUACCAGAGUUCCUCAUCUGGGAUUUCUUCGGAAGGAAGGACUUUCUGCCGCAAAGUGAAAUGAUCAAGUGGUUUGCCACCAAGUUGUGUAGCCAUCAGCCAGUUUCCUUCUUGUGUGGAAAUAUCUUCUUCGUCAUUUGUGGUUUCGACGAGAGGAACCUCAACAUGUCUCGAACCCCUGUGUACACCACCCACUGCCCAGCUGGGACAUCCGUUCAGAACAUGAUUCACUGGUCUCAGAUGGUGCAUUCUGGGAAGCUGAUGGCCUACAACUAUGGCAGAGCUGGAAACCUGGCCCAUUACAAUCAGACGACUCCGCCGCUGUACCACGUGCGGGACGUGAAGGUGCCCACGGCGGUGUUUUCUGGGGGUCACGACACGCUGGCCGAUCCCAUGGACGUGGCUGUGCUUCUCGCGGAGAUACAGCACCUGGUUUACCAUAAGAAUAUCCCGCACUGGGAGCACCUGGACUUCAUCUGGGGCCUGGAUGCUCCGCAGGAGAUGUUCAGUGACAUCCUCACACUGUUGAAGAAGCAUUCAUGACCUCCAUGUGGCUCAGAGCAGGGGUGCGUGAAUCCCCUUCCAGGUCAAGCAGCGAUCAUUACGUUACUCCAUUGCCAUUUACCACGGUCUACACAGUUUUCAAGCAGUAGUUCUAUCGUGUGUGUGAAUUUACUAACCGUCCAACUGUGGCAGUGUUCCAUUUUAACAUUUCCGUUUGCACCAAAUUCUGUUUGCUGACUCAGGAAUACUUGUGAAUUAAGCUAUUUUUUGUGCGCUCAAUCCUUUACUGACCCUCCUUUCCUUUACUAACCCUCUAGAAAAAUGGACCAUUCUGUGUUUCGGGGGCCCGGUUUUCGUUUUUGCGGUCCAGUUUAAGCGAACGUACACCACGGCAUGCUGGUUUAAAUGUACCAUCAUACGGUCCAGUUUUUGCCUCUCUAGGAAAGCGGCUUUUUAACACUAAAGAUGUUUUUUCAUUUAAGGAAGAUGCUUUUAAUGAUUAACAUAGCCCUUAUAAUUUAAAAAUUGUCAAUUUCAUGGUCUUACCAGUAAGUGCUUGGUGCAUCAUAAUGCUGUUCACACCUUCCCAUUAACAUACUUCAUUGUAUUUACACUUCUGGGUCGAGCCACUGUUACCGUUGGUUUUUCAAACCAGGACUAAUGAAUAUUUUUUUAAAGGGAUUGGUACCUCGAUUUUUAAGCUUUUUAAAUUAACAUACUGAAUCUUCAUGCACUGAUUCUGUAAAGGAAAAUUUAGAAAUGUUAACAGAUUGACAUGUUUGAAUCCUACUCAUGUGUCCUUCCCAACACUUUGCAAUGGUAAACCAUGAUAACAUUUCCCAUUUUACAUAACGCUUCACUGAUAAACCUCUUUCACAGAAUACCGUUGAGGUGAGAUUACUUUGAAUUUAUGACAGCGUUCUGAGACUAACCCCCUUUUGUUGUUCCUCGGAAGCCCACAGCAUCCCUUCACACUGCAUCUCAGAUUUUUACACACAUUUAUUAUGCUUCAUUGCAGAAGGUAGAAAAAAAA